AUGAGCAAAAUUCCAGUUCCAAUCUUUGUUUUAAUGGGUACUGCUGGUUGCGGUAAGACCAGUGUUGCAACCGAGAUGCAAAGAGUCUUGAAUUGUCAUUAUCUGGAAGGCGAUUCUCUUCAUCCUCAAUCAAAUGUUGACAAGAUGGCUGCAGGUCACCCAUUGGAGGAUGAUGAUCGUUGGCCUUGGCUUCGCUUGAUCCGUGAUCAUUUAACAGAGCAAGCCAAGGAAGUCUAUGAUUUGGAUGUCAACUCACCUAACCGUGUUGUUGUUGUUACCUGUUCCUCUCUCAAGAAGGUGUAUCGUGAUAUUUUGCGUGAAGUGCCUGCUGAAUUGGGCACUGUCAUCUUUGUCUACUUGAAGGGUACGCAUGAACUCUUGUUACAGCGUAUUCAAGGUCGUGUGGGUCACUUUAUGCCUCCUUCCAUGCUUCAGUCUCAAUUAGAUACCCUCGAGGAGCCUGAUGAGAAGCAAGAAAAGGUCAUUAUCGCUAGUAUCAUUCCUCUUCCCGAUGUAGAGGCCAAGAUUAUCGUUGAGGAGGCUGUCAAGAGAGGUUAUUUGCCUUCAACUUGUCUUUAG